AGCACAUCAACAUGGAAGGCCUGCGCCUCUGUCUGGUUAUUUUUGUAUUCUCCCUGGUUCUUCUUGGAGCUGCCCAAGCAGCAGGCAUAGGCGAGUUGCCCACGUUCAUAGGUCUGUGCCAGCUUCAAGGAGAUAUGUGUGGCACUCAGUGCCGUAUAGCAGGAGGUGGGGAUGGACUUUGCAACAAAGUGGGUCUCUGCGUCUGCCGACCCUUGUAGAGUUUGUUAGUGGCGACAAAUUGGAAUAAAAGACCAACAGAUAUCUGUAA